CCGGUAUUCAUAUAACCCUACUUUCUUCGAAUUUCAAACUUAGAUUUAGAGCUUAAAACUGUUUAAAAAACGUCGAAAUAAUGCAGUAUUGGUUGCUUAAAUCAGAACCGAGCACUUAUUCAUGGGAGACAAUGGUGAAAGAUGUCGUCACCCCUUGGGAUGGGGUGAAAAAUCAUCAAGCACAAAAGUACAUGAAAUCUAUGAAACUGGGCGAUCAAGCUUUUUUCUACCAUUCAGUUUCAGAGAAAGCAAUACAGGGUAUCGUUGAAAUAUGCAAAGAAUAUUAUUACGCGGACGAUCCCAAAUUCGGAAUGAUGGACGUUAAAUUCGUUAAGUCAUUAAGUAACAAAGUCACUUUAAGCGAUAUUAAAUCUAAUUCUCUUUUACAAAACAUGCCUGUGGUCAAACAAUCUCGUCUAUCAGUAUCACCCGUUACAGAAAGCGAAUGGAAUGAAAUUAUCAACAUGAGCUCAGAUGAGUAAGCAAAUAAAUAAAAUAAAUUUUCAUGUAAUUAAGUGUUCUAAUAAAGAUAAAAAUUGUUUCUUACUUGCUGUUAUUAACUUAUUCGUUAAAAUUUUAUUUGAAUUUGUUUUUG